CUCAUCGCCAUCUCGCUCUCCAGCUUGCAGGGGCUCCGCACCAAGUGCGCCGCGUCCAACGACCUCACCCAGCAAGAGAUCCGCACCUUGGAGGUAAAACUCGUCCGUUAUAUUGGCAUCCAGCUGCAGUGCAAGUUGAGCGUCCCCCCAAACGAAAGGACAGCUGAGCUGAACAGCUACCCAAAGUUCAGCGACUGGCUGUAUCUUGUCAACGUGAGGAAAGACGUCGUCCAGAAGAUACCGGAGGAGCUUACCCUUGAUGCCUUACUGGAAAUGAACGAGUCGAAAGUGAAGGACACCAUGAAGCGAUGUGGGGCCAGCACAGAGGAUUGCUCCCGGCUCAACGGGGCCCUUGCCUGCUUGCGGAAAGUGACCCGGGCAGGUGGAGAAUACAAGGACGACUUGGUGUGGCAUCCGCCUGCCAUGUGCCGUGAAAGCAGCUUGAUGCCCCCUUCCGAACUGUCCCCCUGCCCCAUGGGGCUGACGUGGAUGCACGGCAGCCUGCCCCUGUUGAAGGGCAAUGGGCCCCAGCCACGCUCCAUCUCUGUCUCCGCAAUCCCAUCUUCGGACAACUUCCCCUCGGGCCAAGGGCCUCCCGCUUGUGCCGAAAACCUCCUGGAGUCCUUUGCUUUCCCCACCCACUGCGGGCGGCGGAACCUCAGGACCCCCCACAGCAUCACCAUCACGCCCCCGACGACCCCCCAGCUCAAGCGGGGGAAACCGCCACGGACGCCUCCCCCGCCGUGCCGGAAGGUUUUCCAGCUGCUGCCCAACUUCACCACCCUCACGAGGAGCAAAUCCCACGAAUCCCAGCUUGGCAACAGGAUCGAUGAAGUUCCUCCGAUGAAAUUCGAUCUCCCCCAGGGCUCUCCUCAAACGGUACGAAGAGAUAUCGGUCUGUCUGUAACGCACAGAUUUUCUACGAAGUCAUGGCUCUCUCAGGUGUGCCAGGUGUGUCAAAAAAGCAUGAUGUUUGGAGUGAAGUGUAAACAUUGCAGAUUAAAGUGUCAUAACAAAUGUACAAAAGAAGCCCCGCCCUGUAGAAUAUCUUUCUUACCCAUAUCGCCAUUGAGGCGGACAGAAUCUGUCCCUUCCGAUAUCAAUAACCCAGUGGACCGACCAUCGGAACCGCAGUUUGGGACUCUUCCAAAAGCACUAACUAAGAAGGACCAUGCCCCGGCAAUGAACCACCUCGACUCAAGCAGCAACCCGUCUUCCACCACCUCCUCCACGCCGUCCUCCCCGGCCCCCUUCCAGUCUUCCAACCCCCCCAGCGCAACACCACCCCCGAACCCGUCUCCCAUGGGCCAGCGGGACAGCCGCUUCAACUUUCCAGCUGCCUACUACAUUCAGCAUAGACAACAGUUUAUCUUCCCAGAAAUCCCCAAUACCCCACAUGUAACGCAGCCUCCUGAAAUUACUGAAAGCACUAACACCAAUGAACACCUAGAGACAGACAGGGUUGAAGAGCAUGAACCAGAGCACGCGGAAGACCAAGAGCCAAACAAGUCGGAACCCGAGGACGAUGAAGAUGAGAUUGACGACCUCCCGAGCCGGCGAAGGCGCUGGCAAGGCAAGAUUGACCGCAAGCCCAGCCAGACGAGCGUCUACCUGCAGGAAUGGGACAUCCCCUUUGAGCAGAUCGAGCUGGGUGAUCCCAUUGGCCAGGGGCGGUGGGGCAAGGUGUACCGGGGCAGGUGGCAUGGAGAGGUGGCCAUCCGGUUGCUGGAAAUUGAUGGGAACAAUCAGGACCAUCUGAAGCUGUUCAAGAAGGAGGUGAUGAACUACAGACAAACCAGACAUGAGAAUGUGGUGCUUUUCAUGGGGGCCUGCAUGAACCCCCCUCACCUAGCAAUUAUUACUAGCUUCUGCAAAGGAAGGACGCUUCACUCCGUCGUACGGGAUCCCAAAAUACCUUUGGAUAUUAAUAUGACCAGGCAGAUUGCCCAGGAGAUCAUUAAGGGCAUGGGCUACCUUCACGCCAAAGGGAUCGUGCAUAAAGAUCUCAAAUCCAAGAACGUUUUCUAUGAAAACGGCAAGGUGGUGAUCACAGACUUUGGCCUGUUUGGAAUUUCUGGUGUUGUCCAGGAAGGAAGGCGUGAGAACGAACUGAAGCUGCCCCAUGAUUGGCUGUGCUACCUGGCCCCGGAGAUCGUGCGUGAAAUGGCUCCCGGCAAGGAUGAAGAUAAGCUCCCGUUCUCCAAAGCUGCUGACGUCUAUGCUUUCGGGACCGUGUGGUACGAACUCCAAGCCAGAGAGUGGCCAUUUAAGCGCCAGCCGGCCGAGGCGUUGAUCUGGCAAAUUGGGAGCGGCGAAGGAAUGAAGCAAGUCCUGGCAGCAAGCAGCCUGGGGAAAGAAGUUGGUGAAAUCCUCUCGGUGUGUUGGUCUUUCGACGUCAGCCAGCGGCCCACCUUCCCGCUCUUGAUGGACAUGCUUGAAAAAUUGCGAAAGCUCAACCGGAGACUUUCUCAUCCGGGACACUUCUGGAAAUCUGCCGAUAGCAAAGUUGUCAUCCGGUUUGAACGCUUCCCCUUGGGGGAUUUGGAAUCGAGCAAUCAAAAGAUUUAGCUUGGUGCAUCUGGUCCUUUACGCACGAUUUUGACCUGUGUCACUCGCACGUCUGGAAAAACGGAUCGGAGGCCUUCAUGGAAAUUUCCCAAAUAAUGGCACGGCGUGGCGAGAUCCCGCCCAACACUCCCCCCCCCCUCCGUCACCCAGGAAGAUUUCAUUUAGACUUUUGUAACGUUUGCUUCCGACAUCUUGAGUCAGCAACUUUACUUUAAAAAAAAAAUGUUUACAUUCUGAUUACUUUUUUUUCCUGUGUGAAUUCUAUUUUUAAAUGGUUAAUAAUAAAUGUGAUAUAAGGAGUUUUUUUAAUUUAAAAAAAUCCAUACUCCCCCCCCCUUCAGAUGUUCAAGUGGCAAUGUUUAAGCAACCGGAUUAGAAAUCUUGGUUUCAUUUGUGAAGAAGCUCUGGUUUUUAAUUUUGCCCAUGAAAAACGUACAACCUGUGUGAAGUGAAGCAUGCAUGUCCCUUAGGGAGUGUCUACCCGAAACGUUUAAACCAGUUCGAAACUGCCUGGACAAUUCCAGCUGUCCUCUGAAAAACACUCAGAAUUGUGGCUUUUGUGAAGAUGUCGAAAAAAACAGGCUCCCUUUUCAGAGAUACUCUGCCCCCAAUCUUCUCUGUUUGGGAACGGCGACAGUUCAGCAGAGUUUGGAAAUGGUUUAAAUGGAUUGUGCAGACCAUUCCCUUGAAAUAUAUAUUUAGCUCAGAGGCUGCUAAAGUGAAAUGGAAUGGACUCUGUGACGGGAUUGUGUUUUGUAACGAGGUUUCAAGUGUGAAAUGUAGUCUAUUGCGUAGAAAUUAGCAUCUUGGUUGAGCUUUUAUUUUUUUAAAAACAAGCUUCUACCUCUGAUUCUUUGCUGGGGUGGGUGGUGGGUGGGACAUCUUGGAGGCACAUGGGGUAUAUCUAAAGGGCCGGAGAUUAACACCCACCCACCCCGGAGAGGGCUUCCGGGCCUGGGGGAGCAGGCAUCACAUCCUGCACUUUGUAACCACUAUUUCCUCCCCUUAUAGCAGGGGUGAGGCACUUAUGGCCCCCAGAUGAUGUUAGAGUCCAGCUCCCAUCAUCUCCAGCCAGCAUGGCCAGUGGUUAGGGAUGAUGGGAGUUGCAGUCCAAUAUCUGGAGAGCCUUACAGACUUCCUAAAUCUGUGUCUCCCUCCCUGUGCAUCUCUCUAUGGGGAGUGGAGAAACUCCGUUUGUUCAAACUCGACAUUUUUUACAAGCAUUGGCUUCGUAUAAUUGUAGGGGCAGAUUUUAGGGUGGCUGGUGAUCUGGGCUUAAUCUUGGCUUAAUAUUCUGCUUCUUCCUGGAGUGUAGGAGGUUGUACAGGACAAGGAAAGGAGGGUAUUUUUUGACUUGGUAUAAGUGGAAUCAGGGGUGUUGGAGGAAUCCAGUUGAUGAGCUUUCAUUGGCCCAGCCCUCUGGACUUCUGUCUUCUGCCAGCUGGUUCCUGCUAAACCCUGGAAGCUCCACUUCAUAGCAUCAUAGAAUAGAAUAGCAAAGUUGGAAGGGACCUACAAGGCCAUCGAGUCCAACCCCCUGCUCAAUGCAGGAAUCCACCCUAAAGCAUCCCUGACAGAUGGCUGUCCAGCUGCCUCUUGAAGGCCUCUAGUGUGGGAGAGCCCACAACCUCCCUAGGUAACUGGUUCCAUUGUCGUACUGCUCUAACAGUCAGGAAGUUUUUCCUGAUGUCCAGCCAGAACCUGGCUUCUUUUAACUUGAGCCCAUUAUUCCGUGUCCUGCACUCUGGGAGGAUUGAGAAGAGAUUAUUUUGUCGGGUGUUAGAUGAUGGCCUUCCAUGGUCCUUCAACUCCCUGGGUUAUCAGUGGUUUAUUUGAUAGACGUAAGCUUUCACAUCUCAUAAGCAUGCUUCUGUCCUUGGGCCCAGUUCUCGCUGGGGCUUGGGGGCUGUUGCCAUGUCCAGAAUGUGGUGGCGGCGACGAUCCCAUGCGGCUCCUCCAGGCGCAUGGAUGUUCUCUGCAGAUAGAAAAUGACCAUGCCAGGGGAAACCGUGUUCACCUUGUCUUCUCCUUGACAGGUUCCAUUUCUGUGAGUGGAGAAUUGUUUUCUGAGCCGCUAUUGCUCCACCUCCUCCUCGUCAUUGUCAUCGUCAUCGCUUUCGAGACAGACAGACAGACAGACAGACAGCAAAUCGGCUGUUCAUCUAUUGCUCCUCCUCCUCACCUGACCUGUUGUCUGGGCCAUAGCGAGAGGCAGGUGAACAAGCAGAUUGAGAUGAUGAGGAUGAGGAUGAUGAUGAUGAGGAGGAGGAGGAGGAGGAGGAGCAAAUCCAGAGGUCUCUUGUCAGUGGGCCCCAGCUGAGAUGCAGUCCCUUGACAGAUGCCCAGUCAUGCUGAUGCUAGAAGCUGUUCAGGUAUGACCUCCAAAACAACGUAGCGCAUGUAAAACAAAAGACCAUUGAUCAUGCUGCCCUAGAAACCGAAGAUCCCUUCCCAGAGGAGAUGGCCCCUUCCAAACUCCACCCCUCCAUUGUAUCCCUUCUUUAACCCGUGGAGAACCAUAACGCUAUCAUGCCACACGCCCCAUCCCCACACCCUGAUGACCCUUCAGCGAGACUGCAGCUCUAAUGAAAAGGGCAACAGGCCCAAUUUAAGGGACUUCCAAUCCCAACACGGCAGGCAGGCUCAGUUUGACUGCUUUAACAAUCCUCCGUAUAUAUUUCGUGGUUUGUUUCCCACCCGCUUUCCUUAGUGCACCAGAUCCUCGGAAUCUGUGCACUGCCAACUCUCAUAAGCAUAGAUCCACUCGUGCUUGUAAGCACUAGGUUCUGUUCACACGGGGUUUAGAUGCUAAGCCUAUAUAGACACGACUGCCUUCCAGAUGUUAGCUCUUCCUUAGCCUGUAUCCCACCUGCCCUUGUGAAGCUAGCAUGAUGGACCUAACCUCCAUGUUCCCAGCUGUGAGCUCAGCAUAAGAUUCUACGACGUACAUUCUUAAUAUAGCUCAUAAUCAACGGUCCGGUUCAGCAAUCACAUCUCAGCUUAAGCCAAGAUACAAACAAGGCUUGUUCCAACGCGUGCUGCUCCUUCCUUCUCAGUGACCUGCUAAGCCGUGGUGGUUAAGCAUUUUGAGCUAAACAUGGCUUAGUGUGUCAUGUGUACCAUGGCUUAACAUGUCAUGUAAACCAUUCCUAACCAUGGUGCCUACAUAACCACGGUUUAAACACGCUCAUUAACCAUUUGCUGCAAAAGGGUUAGCAGCCUAACCAUGGCUUAGUGUGUUGUCUGAACAGGCCCAUUGUGUCUCAGUUAAGCCCAAGAGUUUCAAAUUAACCAUACUUUAAUGGUUAAUGGGGGGUGGGGACGACAGGAUCUUAAGUCCAUUUCAAACCUUGGUUUUCAAUCCUGGCUUGUUUUGAAGCUGUUAACCAUAGUUUCCUGGUUGAGAUGGAAUGGUAAACUGUGGUUCAUUGAGUUGGGAAGGAGUGGGCAAGGUGGGCUCAAGGGUCAAUUUUUAAUUAUAGUCAGCAACGUUUAAACAUCCUUCUUGGAAUUUUGCACAACUCUGUUUAACGGGCUUCUUGAUUUCAGAGUCUUCACCAAACAUGGUGCCCUUCAGACUUUCUGGACUACCAAACCCACCAUCCUUGGCCAUUGGCCAUGCUGGCUAGGGCUGAUGGGAGCUGUAGUAUAAAAGGCACCAGGUUAGGGAAGGCUGGUAGGGAAUUCCCUGGCUGUCGUUUUCUCAUGCUCAUGAGCACCAACACAGCCCCAAAUCAGGCGCACCUUAGAAUCGGAUUCCGCUUUUCGAUCUUCCACUUCAUGUCAUGACUGCAACUUGCACUGGGCUAUUCCAAGGAGCCGUUUUAUUUUGCUUGCUUAUUAGAUAGGGUGUAACUUUGGCUAGGUUCACACAACGCGCUAACCCAUCCAGUGUGGGUUGUUGUUGAACUAUGGGAAAUCGUGUUGUCUGAACGCCGCACGUUUUCCACAGGGUUGCUCUUUAACCAUGCAGUGUGGCUUGUUAACCACCCUGAACAACCCAACAACAAACCAUGGGUUCUCAAGGUGGCUUGUUUGAGAAAAAUAAACCACACUGCAUGGUUAACAAACUCAUCCUGCGGAAAUCCUGCUGCGUUUAGACAACACGAUAACCCAUCCUGUGGAAAACGCACUGUGUUCAGACAAUAUGUUAAUCCACUCUGUGGAAAAACCACUGCAUUCAGACAACACGAUAACCCAUGGUGGGUUAAGGUGUUGUGUGAACCCAACCCUUAAGAUGUAUUGGGCCUGUUCAUGAGGCUGUUGCCAGUCUGGCUGCAAAGUCAAUCACAAAGCUUUCCUUUAAGGUGAGGGAGAAAGCUAUGAUGAGAAUGCCGUUUUACUUUACCUGAUUCAGAGUUCUUGUGUUGAAUUAUGAUAUUGGGUUCUUUUGGGGGUGAGGUGAGAUGGGGGAUUUCUGCCUAAUGCUCUGGAUACUUAAUAUAUAUUGAAACAUUUUGCUGGAUCACACCAAGAUUCAUCCAACCCAGUAUCAUGUUUCUGACAGUGCGCAGCUUACAUGCUUCUUGGAGCUUAAGAGGAAAGCAUGAGAGGAAUAUUCCUCUCUCUUCCUAGUACUUCAUAUGCAUGAUCUGCCUCUUCAUAUAUAGCCAUCAUUAACCUAUCAUAGCUGAUAGCUGUUAAUAGAGCUAUCCUCCAUAAAUUUUGUCUAAUCUUUUUUUAAGCCACCUAAGGUUUUAAAAGUCUGAAAUCAGUAAAUACAAAGUUCGAACCUUUAGAAAAUCCAAACGUCAACCUUGUGACCCAUCUCUGUUUACACUGCUGUAAAUCCGGAGUCACUCCACUUCAUGCCAGCAAGGAAGCGGGGGCGGGGGGGGGGAAAUGGGAGUCCUUUUUUGUAACUGAAUUGCACCGGGAGUGUUGCAUGGUGAUAAGGGAUCCCUGCGCCCAUAAGUUCCUACUUGUUUGUAACUAUUCCUUCUCGUGGUGAUUGUAAGGGAGUGAAUUAGCACUGUGAGUCCGUAACUUUUUUUGGUGUUGUACAAAACAAAUUAAAAUAAGUAAGACUCCUUAGCCGCAACUUCAACUGUGUAUGUAAAAUGAAGUCUGUAAUAUUGGUGAAAAUGGACAUUUUUUUUUUCUUUUCAAAUGUAAUGUAAACUUUGUACAGUAAAUAUAUAUAAAUAUAUAUAUAUAUAAAUAUAUUUUCUAUCAACUGAGUUUGUCUUCCAAAACAGCUAUUAAUUUAAUUUAAAAAGGGUUAGUAUUAACAAGGAGCUCCGCUGUUAGUUCAUGCCAACUGUUAAAAAAAGAAGAAAGACGGAAAAGAAAGGAAAAUACGUUCUAUGCUAAUGAAAUUCUGAAUAUUUUAGAAUUCUUCUAAGUGAAUAAAACUUUGCUCUGGAUGAAACAUCAAA